AUGUCUUUACCUAUUAGUUGGGAUACCCCAUUUGGCAUCAAGUUAUGGCCUAUUUUCAACAACCUUGUAUCAACAGUUACCGGUGGCAACUUUGUUCCUGCUGAGUUUCGCUUUGUGCAAGGAGAGUUGCCACUUUCAACUUUACACCCAGUUUUGUUAACUAUUGCUGGAUACUAUCUUGUUAUUUUUGGCGGAAACUAUUUAUUCAAGAAACUCCAAAUUAAGCCAUUUGUACUAAAUGGAUUAUUUCAAAUCCACAAUUUGUUUUUGACCACUUUGUCGUUGACUUUGUUGACGUUGAUGGUUGAACAAUUGGUGCCUAUGAUUUACCAUCAUGGUUUGUUUUAUGCCAUUUGUUCACCAAAUGCAUGGACUCAGGAGUUGGUUUGCUUGUACUACUUGAACUACUUGACUAAAUUUGUUGAAUUUAUCGAUACCGUGUUUUUGGUAGUUAAGCAGAAGAAAUUGACAUUUUUACACACUUAUCAUCAUGGUGCUACUGCCUUACUUUGCUACACCCAGUUGAUUGGUGAUACUUCGAUCUCGUGGGUGCCAAUUUCAUUAAACUUGGGUGUUCAUGUUGUCAUGUACUGGUACUAUUUCCUUGCCGCUAGAGGCAUCAGAGUUUGGUGGAAGGAAUGGGUUACUCGUUUCCAAAUCAUCCAAUUUGUGUUGGACUUGGGAUUUGUUUACUUUGCCACUUAUCAAAAGCUUGUGCUCCACUUUUUGCCAAAUCACACUAAUAUCUUGCCAGUUUGUGGUGAUUGCGCAGGAAACUUGUAUUCUGCUUACUCGGGCUGUGCUAUAUUGUCAUCCUACUUGGUUUUGUUUAUUGCUUUCUACAUUGACGUUUAUAGAAGAAAGUCUUCAAAGAAAUCCAAGAUUGUCAAAUCUGUUCAUGGUGGUGUUGCUGCCCAAGUUAAUGAAUACGUUUAUGUUACUGGUAGGGAAGCCACUCCAGUCCCUGGCGAAGAAAAGAAAGUACGUUCUAGAAAAGCUUAG